UAACAAACCCAUUGACGGCGGUGUCAUGGCGGCGUCCGGAGUUAGUUUUGAGAGUUCAAGCAGCAUCAACGAACGAAAGGAAAACAAACGGCAGGCACGACAAGAGGUGCUAGAGAAGGCCAAGCAGCAGUAUGAGAGAGAAGAGAGGAGGAAGGAGUUAAAGAGGCAGAGAGGGGAGGACACGUGGAUGCUCCCAGAGAUCAACCAGAGGCUGCAGCAGAUACACGAAGAGGGUUCUGUAAAGAGCAAAAAGAAGAAAGAGAAGAAAUCCAAAAAGAAGAAGGAGAAAAAGAAGAAGGCCAAGAAGGAGAAGAAGACAGCAGAAGCAGGAGAUGGCUCCAGCAACAGUUCAGAGGACUCAGAGGAGGAGUGGGUUGAGGCUCAGCAGCAGACACAGACUACCAAAGCCUGGCAGGUUUCUAAUGAAUCCAAGCCUUCAGAGAGCGACAUCAGCCCAGCCCAAAAUGUUCAGAGAGACGAAUGGAUGACUUUUGACUUUCUGGCAAUGAAAACCACAUCCACAACUGAGAAAAGGGCUGAGAAAGAACGACUGAAAGAGGAAGAGAGAGCCAAGGCUCAGGCCAUUGAACAGGCUGGUUUGCACAAACUGGAGCUGAACCCGUACUGGAAGGAUGGAGGAACUGGUCUGCCCCCAGAGGAGACGGCUGGCACUGCAGUCAACAAAGGCUCUGUAGUGAAUGAUGGUGGUCUGAGCUGGCUGAGAAAGAGCUACCAGAGGAUGAAGGAGCAGGCAGAGAGGGAGCGACGCAGCCUGAACGAUGUAGUGGCCGAAAGAUACGGAUCAAUGGAAGAAUUUCAGCAGAGACUUGCUGACGCUGAGAAAGCUGUAUUUGGUCAGAGGAGAGGAGAAGGAGACGGUCCAGCGAGAGGAGGGUGGAGGAAAGGAGGGGAAGAGACCAGGGAGAGAUGGAGGAGAAAAGGGGGAGAUGAAAGGAAGGAAAGAGACUCAUCACCCAGAAACAGAGAGAGAUACCAUGGUGGAAGAGGUGACGAGAGGGAGAGGGAAAGGCAUCGAGGAAGAGAGGAAGACAGAGGGCGAGAUGGAGACAGGUAUAGUGAGAGGGAGACAGUUAGAGAGAAAGAAAGAUACAGGGACAGAGAAAGAGAUAGGGAUGGAGAGAGAGGCCGAGAUACUGGCAGAGACAGAGAUACGGACAGGUAUAGGGAUGGAGAUAAAGAAAAAGAUGGAUCCAGUGCAUCAUCAUCAACUUCUGGGCAAAGUUGGAACCAGCGUGCCGUCUCUCUUGGGUCACUAAAAGGCCGCUUCCUCAAACCCUCAGAAGAUGAUGACAGUGGUGAAGCCCCACAGCGUUCUUGUCCUCCUCCAGCACGACCAUCCACAGGAUUCCUGAAACCCAGCUCCGACGACGAGGACUCUGGCCCGCAUGACAGCAAAGUUCCAGCCUGGAAGAAGAGCAGCAAUCCUGCCCCUGAAUCUGCCGGCUUCAAAAUGCCACAACAGGAAAAUAAGAGGGAUGCUGAGAAAACUGUAGCUGCUCCUGAAGCUCCUGUGACAUCAAGAGCUGAGAGUGAAAGUGAGGAAGAGGAGGAGGAGGAAGAAGUUGCACUGCUGUCAGAAGAAGAGAUGAACAAACUGGGAUCCAAGCUGAUCAAGGCAGAGAUGAUGGGCAACACAGCGAUGGUUGAGAAGCUGAAAUCCCAGCUGGAGGCAGCUCAGAAAGCAAAGGAGAACUGCGCUGCCAGAAAGAAGCUGCAAGACACGGCUAAAUCAAACCAGGUCACAAGUCGCUCCAGUGAAGACCAGGAGGUCCUGCUGUUCAGAACGGAUCAGUCCGGUCGGGCCUGGCCAGUCAACGCCCCCUCUGGACCUCAUGAGCCUCAUGGAGGACGGCGGAAGAAGAAACCGAUUGAGACCCACGUUGACGGGCAGCGCAUCCGCUACUUCCAGGACGAUGACGGUGUUGGUCUGCAGGAGAUGGUCAGAAGGGAGAAGAUGAGCUCUGCACAGGAUCAGAAUGCCCUUUACUCUCGCAUGGCCUCCAAGAUGAUGGGGAAAACGGAUGGUGACAACUACACACUGGAUGACAUGUUUGUGUCGAGUGCAGCGCAGCGGGAGGGCGAGGGGAGGGAGGAGGAGAGGAUGAGGAACAGAGCCAUCGGGGAGAGUAGGAGGCUGGCUGCCUCCAUGGAUAAAUGCCAGCACUGUUUCAGCAGCACUGAGCUCCAGAAGCAUCUUAUAGUGGGAAUAGGCAGCAAGGCCUACCUGAGCCUGCCUGCAGGAGUGUCCAUGACAGAGGGCCACUGUCUCAUCUGUCCUCUCCAGCAUCACUGCUCUGCCACAGGAUUGGAUGAGGAUGUCUGGUCAGAAAUGCAGCUGUUCCGACGUGCUUUGGUGCGAAUGUUCGAGUCCCAGGAGCUGGACUGUGUUUUCAUGGAAACGCACAUGAACCCACGUAGAAGACAGCACAUGGUCCUCGAGUGUAUCCCACUGCCCAGAGAACUGGGUGACAUGGCACCAAUAUACUUUAAGAAAGCUAUCAUGGAGUGUGAUGAGGAAUGGGCCAUGAACAAAAAGGUCGUUGACCUUUCCUCGAAAGACGUCCGCCAAGCCGUUCCUCGAGGUCUGCCGUACUUUGCUGUAGACUUUGGACUCCAGGGAGGGUUUGCUCAUGUUAUUGAAAAUGAACAGAAGUUCCCUCAUUACUUUGGCAAGGAAGUGGUAGGAGGUAUGAUGGACUUGGAACCUCGGCGCUGGAGAAAGUUGAUUAAAGAAAAUUUUGAUGAUCAGAGGAAAAAAGUCCUACAGUUUGCACAGUGGUGGAAACCGUACGACUGUACAAAGACUGAAGCGUAGCUGAACACACACUAAGGGAAAGGCUUUGCUGAACCGUGAAGAGUAAAUACACAAACCAUGCUGUGGUUCUCAGUGUAGGAAACCCAUUUGGUGAAUAAGGUGUAGACACUAUUUCACCUUAAAAUUUACAAUUUGAUGUAAAAUCCCUAUCUGUAGUUAGAAUUGAGUGUUUUUACCUAAAGAAAAACGAAUAAAAUGACUGAUGGAUGCCAGACAAGUUUGUGUUUUUCUUCUGAAUGCAGUAUUUCCUUUCAAACAAAUGUAUUGUGACUUGACUGAUGUUUUCUCGCUUUUCACCACAUAUACAGUUCAGUGGUGGGUAGCGGCGAGGAGAUGUGAAGUGGAGCUCUUGUCUGUGUGUCAUACCCCCCAUCUUUCAAGCCUCGCUUCCCAGUGCUGCCCUUCCCUGCUCUCCAGCCCUGGGAUUUAAUUUCUUAUUCUGUGGCCUCAUGAUCCUUUGCAGCUGUCACUUAAUUCUGAGAGGUUUCAGUGUCACCACAGUCACACGGGCAAGUGUAUACACAUGCACAUGUGGCAGCAUCACAACCCUUACACCUCGUCUGACACACAUACACCCCUCUCAUGAGCAAUCGACAAUGUUGCCCCGGCAUGCGACCUCAUCUUUUUUUUUUUUUUCAGCCAGACUAUUGGCUCUUUGAUUAGCUCACCACUUCUGAGACUCUCCUUACUGCCAGAUCUCAUCUCAGACACCGUUUGAUGCAUGGGUGCUGCUGGUUAGUGCUGAAUUGCUGCGAAUCACAAAAAAGGAGGCUUCACUUUUUAUUGCAGUAUUUGUAUUUUUAGUCACAGGGGGAAUGAUGUCAGAAUCAGGAUUUUCUCUCUAUUACAUGCUCUCUAGUGUGACGGUAAAUGGAGACAGCGUUUCUCUUAAUCAACCUCUUCUCAGAAACCUUAGGGAGACACACAGAUAGAUCCAACAGGUAUGAGUGCUUAGUGUAUGUAAGGAUAUGAAAAUCUGCACCCGUGAUAAAAAUCUCUUAGUGCAAUUUAAUUACCUUCUGUCAGUUUGUAAUAGACCUGCAGUCAUCACCCUGCACUACUUUUUUCAUCCACAUGGGUGAAAUGUUAGCUUUUGUGAUCUCCGUCACUUGCUCCUGUUUUGUGUUAAUGCCCUGAAAUUUUGUGCAUCAUUGUUAAUUUGUACUAUGACAUCACCAUGGAAAGACCUGUUUUACUGUAAAGAUGAUCAAGUCAUGGUGACCACAAUGUCUCUGCAGCCAGCCAGUCAAUGCCCUGUGGAUUAUUUAUCAUUUAUAUGUGCAUCAGAGGGACACUUCUGUCAUAAAUCGGCGCUAAUUCAGUUUGUCAACCAGCCCCAUUUCCCAUCACUUGAGUAUAAAACAAAAAUAUAUCAGUCAAUACAUGUAUUCAAAGGUCAGAUUCAAAGGUGAUUAUUUUCAGGAUAUUGAGCUGAAUCUCUAAUGCAGGUUUUAGUGUAACAUAUCCGGCAAUUUGCUGCUCUUUAGCCCUGUUUGUACUUUAGAAAAAGCAUCCCUUGGGACAGUACAGUAGGUUAUUUAUAUUGCACAAGUGACAGAGAGGCUCAGGUUCAUGGUUAAUAGCAGUGGAGUGAUGUAUGGUUAUGGCCAAUUAGAUUGGCUGGGGGCAGAUUUAUGACCAAGUGAGCCGUUUGUCUUUUCCUGUCUGCCUCUUUCACACACGUGUCCUUUCUACUCUACUAUAGCAUCUACUACAUUCAUAUGUCCCCUUUAAUUCUCUAAUUUCUUCUUUUUGUAAUUCUCUCUGCAUCAAGAUAGGGAGGAGACUUUUAUUUGACAGAAAGAUGAAACGAUAAUAUGACAAAAUUGAAGCUAACUUGUCUGCUAUAGCAAUAUUUGCCACAAAAACACACAUAAGAGAACCGAAAGAUCAAAAAGGCACUUGGAGUUGACUCACUGUUGUGUGUGUCACGGGGCUGAACCUUUCUUAUCUUAUUGCAUUCCACAGCUACACACUUUUCAUCUUUUACCAUCUGAAACUGCUCAGUUCCCGGAGCCGUGUGGUUUUGUCCAUAUAUGUAUUUGUCCCUUUUUUGGAUGCAUUUAUUUGGAAUAUUUGUGUUCUCCUGUUGAAUCCAGGCUUUUAGGCUCCGUGUGAAUAUGCAGGGUCAUACCUGAGGUGAUGCAGUAAAUCUGUCUGCAGAACAUGGAAGUUCUUUCCUCCCUCAUGCACUUAGUCUCUACGGGUCUGUUUGCCAUAUUACUGUAAAAUGUAUUGCCUGACUUUUAAAAAUGUCUAAAUUCUAAGUAAACUCGUGUUGCUCUGGA